CUGGUAAGAUGAAAGAAUUACCCACAAAAUCAUAGUUUUUCAAUUUCCAAAACUCAGGUGGGCCAUACCAUCUAAAUUUAGUGGUUCUAAGCUUAUAUAGUACGGGGUGACCGACAUGAAUGCUGAAUCUGCGUGUUUUUUUAAUAGAGGCCGUAAACAAGAGACGGAUCCACUGAGGGAUGCGUUGAUUUCUUUUUCACACACGUUUAUCCGUCUCUUUACGAAUCUAUGAUGGUUGUAUUCCACUCUUUUUCCACAAAUCUGUCGACUUUUUCUUUUUCUUUUAUUUGUUUCUGGAUUUCGAUGGAAGGUAGAGGCAGAGUUGAAUUGUAUCCUUCUCAUGUUUUGAGUUUUAAUGGGUGAUGGGGAUUUUGAAUUCUUGGGUGGGUUUUGUGGGCUUUGCUUCUUUGCUACGUAUGGUGAGUGAAUGAAGUUGAAUUCCCUUUGGAUGCAUUGAAAGAACCUACUCCGAAAAUGUCCGAUAGUAGCGUCAUCAUCGGCGCAGCCAUCGGCAUGGCCAUCGGAAUAAUGAUAAUACUAGUACUUCUAGUCCCUCUUGUUCUGCAGUCGAGAAAGAAUAAGAAAGAAGAAGACUUUGAAGCAAACAAGCCCAUGAAGAGUAUUAAAGGAACCAAAGACAUCAAGUCCGAACAUACCGCUCGAAGUUAUGGCAAUGUCCACAUCUCCACAUUCGAGAAGACAGUCCCGAGAAUGAGGUUGAACAAUCUACUGAAAUCCGCUAACAAUUUCAGCAAAAACAACAUUAUCGGAUCAGGGAGAGCAGGCACCGUCUACAAGGCGAUUCUUCUUGAUGGUUCUUCUCUUACGAUUAAAAGGCUUCAUGAUUCUCAAAAUUCCGAGAUAGAAUUCAUGUCCGAGAUUUUAAUGCUGGGUCACUUAAAACACCGAAACGUGAUUCCUCUUCUGGGUUUUUGUAUUGCCAGAAACGAGAGGCUUUUAGUAUACAAGUACAUGCCCAAAGGAACUCUGUUUCAGCAGCUACAUGAGAGACACAUGGAAUGGCCUCUGCGGCUGAAAAUUGCAAUUGGGGUGGCGAGAGGCCUUGCAUGGCUUCAUCACAGCUGCGAUCCUUGUAUAAUUCACCGCAAGAUAAGCUCCAAACGCAUCCUUUUGGAUGAAGAUUACGAGCCAAAAAUAUCCAAAUUCAGAUCCGUUGUGCUUAUGAAUCCGCUCGACACCAAUGUGAGUGUUCGUGUAAAUAUCAAAUCUGAUGAUAUGAGUUUGGUUGCUCCUGAAUUCAGAAGCAAGGUUGUGGGCAGUCGAGCUGGGGAUGUAUACAGCUUUGGUGUGGUGAUGCUCGAGCUGAUUACUGGACAAAAACCUACUAAAGUGGUGAAUGCCCCAAAAGGCUUCAAAGGGAUUCUGGUGGAGUGGAUUGCUUAUGUUGAGAAAAAAUCUCGUCUUAGGCACGCCAUCGACAGGUCUUUGAUAGGAAAGGGCUGUGAUGAGGAGCUCCUCCAGUUUCUAAGACUUGCAGUUGCUUGCGUUGUGUUUGAUCCUGACGAGAGGCCUACAAUGCUAGCAGUAUACCGGCAUCUAAAAUCUUUUGGGAGGAGAUACCAUUUCAAAGACGAAGAUGAGAUGCAACGGCCACAUAUAUGAACCGAUAUGGAUGGCCCAGAUCAACUUAUUGUAGGGCAACAAAUACAGUAAAUUCAGCAGAUCAGUUUGAACAUGCAAAGAAUUGCAAUCGACACCAAAGCCAGAAAAAUCACAUCGUUUUAAUCCUUGAAUUCUGCAGACAUGACGUAGGACUCGGAACAUAUACAUUCUAGCAUGGUUGGACCAAAAGAUGGUGAACUUCAAGUUGUCCACAACCUUUGAUCGGGGCAUCCUCACGGGCACAUGACCUAUCAAUUUUUACUGUGACAGGCCAUUUGGGGUGAACCGACUCACAAUGUUGGUCUAAUCGGUCUGUUUCACCAAAAAGACGUGUACCUUUAGAUCAAAAAUGAAAUUUUAAGAAAAAAUUGCUACUUUUAGUAAUUUUAAUUUUUGUAAUAUUUUCUUAUUUUUAGAGUUUUAAAUUUUUUUCUUCUUUUUUAGAAAUAACUUGUAAUCAUGCUAAGACUCUUCUAGUAAAAGUUUAUUUGAAUUUUAUUUUUUUUAAAAUUAUGUUUUAGAAGAGUUUUACUAGAAUUAGAAUUUUGCUAUUUUUGGUAAUUAUAAAUUUUGGUUUUCUUUUCCUUAUUAAUGGUGUAAUAGGGACACACAUUAGACAAUUAUCAUUAAGCUAUUUUCAAUUUUAUUAGAAUUUAUUUAUUUUCUCUCAUGAAUUCGAGGAAUCUCUGUGAGGCGUCCUAAGAAGCUCCAUGAAUUUAAAGUAGUUAUUCUUGAGGAAGAAAGUGAUCGAGUCAUCACGUCCUUCCCUGUGUUAAGAUCAAAGAAAUCCUCUUCUGUAUAUUGACGAUGUUUUUUCGAUUGAUGAAUGCUUUUCUUUUUCUUUUUA